AUGGCGGCCAAAAGCAAUGUCGAAGGUUUUGAUGACGCGGCCGUCGUCGCCGAUGGUCUGCUCGACGAUGGCGUCUUCCACUUUGAGCAAAAGCAUGUUUUCUCGACGCAGAACAACCCGAUGUGCGGUGUCACACUACCCCAGUGGUUCUCGAUCCUGUACGCGCACGGCCGGUCCAUUGAGUGGCAAUACAUGGUGCGCGCGGCCUUUCUGACGCUCUCGUCCAUCUUUACUUUUUCGCUCGGCCUUCUCGAGUCGCUUUGGUACCCGUCGCAUGUCAUUGAGGCGGUUUCGCUGCCGGACGACCCCAUCUUUGUCAUUGGCCACCCGCGCACGGGCACGACGCUGCUCCACAACCUCCUCGCAUCCGAUAACGACUCGUUCUACCACUGCACGACGUUUUGUGCGGGCUUUCCCAGCUGCUUUCUCUGGUUUGAAACGUGGGGCAAGCGCCUCUUUGCUAGCGCGAUUGCGCCGACGCGCCCGAUGGACUCGAUGCCACUGCACUUUGAUUUGCCUCAGGAAGACGAGUGCGCAACGACCGUCCUCUCACAUGGUGCGAGCUACUACCUCGCGCUCGCCUUUAUGGCCCAAGAGACCCGCUUUCGCAAGUUUUUGACGCUCUCGCCCGACGACGGCGCGACACCGGACGACGAAGCCCGCUGGACGCAAGCGUUUACCUUUCUAGUCAAGAAGCUCGCGCUGCGGUCCUCGCUGCGGCAGGCACCGUCGACGACGCGUCGCCGCCUCUUGCUCAAGUCCCCGAUUCACACGGCGCGCGUGCCAUUGCUUCGCAAGCUCUUUCCGAAAGCGACGUUCAUCUACCUCCACCGCGACCCGUACAAGGUCCUUCAGUCCUCCGCCCACAUGGCCAAUACCGCGUUCUGGUACAUUUAUCUCAACACACCGACGGACGAGCAAGUCACCGAGUACACACUCUGGCAGUUUGAGCGCAUGUACGAUGUGUACAAUGCCGCGAGCCGUGACCCGAGUACCGGCGCGCUGGCCAAGGACAUUCUUGAAGUGGCCUACACCGAUUUGGUCUCGUCCACCAUGACGUCGCUCAAGCGCGUGUACGCGCAUGCAGGCAUUGCCUGGACCGACAAGAUCGAAGCCAAGUUUGAAGCCCAAGUCGCAGCCUUGGCUGGCUACAAGGUCAAUGACUUUGUGGAGCUGCCGCCGCGACUCCGUCAAGUGAUCCAGGUGCGGGCGGCUGGCUAUUUCAAGACGUUUGGCUAUGCCACAUGA